AUGCAGACUGCUUCUACAAACAUUUUUGAAAGAAUGGAUCGCUCUCAGGAGCUCAGUGAAUUCAAGCAUGGUACCAUGACAGGUUGCCACCUGUGCAAUAAGUCCAUCUGUGAAAUUUCCUUGCUAUUAAAUAUUCCACAGUCAACUGUUAGUAGUAUUAUAACAAAGUGGAAGCAACUGGGAACAACAGCAAAUCAGCCACAAAAUGAGUGGGGCCAGAGCAUGCUGAAGGGCACAGUGCACAGAAGUUGACAACUGUCUGCAGACUCAAUAGCUAAAGUCCUCCAAAACCUCUAAAAAGAUUAGCACAACAACAGUGUGUAGAGAGUUUCAUGUAAUGGGUUUCCAUGACCAA